AUGGUUUUCGAAAUUAAUGAAAAAGUAGCACUUAUAACUGGUGGCGCAAAUGGGAUUGGAUUGAACUUUGCGAAGGCAUUACUCUCUAAAGGUUUAAAGGGUGUCACCUUAGCUGAUGUUAACGAAAAUGCUGGUAUUGAGGCUGAAGAAGAGUUAAAUAAAACGUACGGAAAAGAUAAAGCCUUUUUUGUUAAAACUGACGUUGUCAACUACAAGGAAUUUGAAGCUGCGUUCAAGGCAACAGUAGAAAAAUUUAGUCAUAUAGAUAUUCUAAUAAACAAUGCUGGAAUAGGAGCUGAUGGAAUUUGGCGCAAGGAAGUCGAAGUUAAUGUAGUCGGUACCAUCAAUGGAAUGAUAUUGGGCAUGGAUAAUUAUUUAAAUAAAUACAAGAUUUCUGAUGAAGGUGUUAUUAUAAAUACUUCAUCUACAUGUGGUUUAGAAGGUUAUGCCCAGUGGCCUGUUUACAGUGCAACAAAAUUUGCAAUAACAGGUAUGGUUCAAGCAUGGGGUUCUCCAGCUCAUUAUGAAAGAACGAGAGUUAGAGUUCUUGAAAUAUGUCCUAGUGCGACAGAAACAGAUAUGCUAGGAGUAGGACAGAAAUUUUUAAGUCCUGAAUACGAAAAAACUAUGAAAUAUAUUGCACAUGAAAUUGGAAAUCUACAAACAUCAGAACACGUUGCUGCUGAAAUGAUUAAAGUAUUACAAAAUGCAAACAAUGGUACGAUAUGGGUAAUAGAAAAUGGAGAACCCUCCUAUGAAUAUGUGUUACCUAAACGACAAACUUUUAAAAAUAAAAAUUAG